AUGUCGGUACAGCGACUGGAGGCCAAGUGCGUGGAACUUGUGGCGCGCCGCUAUGAUCGGUAUGCGAGCGCGCUGGAGCGAGCCGGGGCGGCGCCGCAGGUGUGGGACGCCCUGUGGGAGUGCAUGGUGCGGCGUAACCUCCUCGCCGUGGGCUCCGCCGAGCGGUGGGACUUCGGCCCCCUCCUGCGCCACCACCUCCGACCUGUCGUCAGCCAAGAAGGCGGCGAGGUGAUGGCCCUUGACGUCUCGGGCGACGCCUCCGGUGCCCGUGCUGCGCCGCUCACCCUCUUCGCCUGGCUCGCCGAACAGAUUACUGUGGGCAGCGUGGCGGACAAGGAGCUGGCGACGUUGCUGGCGGGGCUGUCGGAGUUGCGAGGCCUUGAAGUGGAGUCAGCGGUCCCCAUCACGGACGACGGCCUCCUGCCCUUCUUCAACGAUUCCUCCCUUGCGUCUCGCCUCACCACGCUUCGAUUGAACAGGAAUGCGACGCUCGCAGGCGCUACGCUGCGGCGGCUGGUGGAGGCGUGCGCCAAUCUGCGCGAGCUGACCCUGACCCACUUCGGGUGCAUGGAGCACAUCACCUCGGAACUUGUGCACACCAUCGCCCAUGCGCCGCUCCAUACCACCCUCACAUCGCUCUGGCUCAAUGACUGCAGCCUGGUCACCGAUGAAGGUAUGGGCAUGCAGAUACAGGGCGAGUGCUUUCUCCACCUCUCGCCGCAGAACGCCGGCGCCAAGCUGCGGCGGCUCGACUUCAACAACUGCCCGCUCCCCCGCCCCACUUUCAUGUACAUCGCCUCCGUGUGCACCAACCUGCAGACACUGGGCCUGUCGAACUCGCCCACCCCAAUCGACAAGGAGGCGCUCACGUACCUCCUGCAGCAGUGCCCGCACCUCAAGGACCUAUCGGCCACCCUCGCCACAUCCGACACGUUGACGUGUUUUGAGAGGGAGAAUCAACUGCGCUACCUCUACCUGAUGUUGCUGCCCACGGAAGUUGGAAUCGGCCAGGCUUUUGACGACGAGCAUGUGCGUAGCCUCGCACUGGGCUGUCCUCGAUUGGAGAGCCUGGACCUGUGCAAGGUCAGCGACAGCGCCCUGUGGCUCCUGACGAGCAAACUCCCCAGCCUACGGACGCUUUCGCUUUACAUAGACCGGGCCUCGGACCAGUGCAGGACAGAGCUGCCUACGCCGGUGUGUCUCGACCUGGAGUCGUUGCGCCUGUCGUGCAGCAGCAUCAACGGAGCGCAGAUGCACCACCUCCUAUCGACGCUGGCCUCCAGCGACGACAGCGCUGACAUGGGCUACCGGCGCGGGCUCAAGGAGCUGCACCUCACGAGCUGUCCCAACGCCGACGACGAGGUGCUGGGGUGGGUCUCGCUCUGCUGUGCCGCCGCCCUGCGCAAGCUCGCGCUCUACGCCUGCCCGAUCGGCGAUCGCGCCAUGGAGGUCCUCGCCCGGUGCUUCGUGCUCGAGUCCCUCAGCUUCAAGAAGUGCGACCAAGUAUCGCCAGCCGCCGCCUCUCGACUGGUGCGGUUGCGGCGCGACAGCCUGCUGCAGGUGUUCUUCCCUCAGGGGCCGCACUUCAGGAAGGAGACGUUGGCGCUGGUCAAGGACUUGCCCCACCUCCGCAUCGCCUAG